AUGGCGGACACCACAGCGGAAAUCGACACAUCCAGACUUUUGAGGCAAUACAACGUAUUUUUCGACCUCAAUAAACGUCAAGCUGACGGGCAUGAAGCCCUUUUUCGGGAUAUCACGACCCUGGGGAGCUACGAUCUUGACAAAUACCGCCCAGAUAUCACCGUUGAAUCGACGCAAAAGCCUUGGAGACUGAAGACAGUUGAACGCGCAAAGGCCAUCAGCGCCAAAGCCCUGCGAUGCCUCGAACAGGACAAGAACGAGCUUGGUUGGCGUUUGAACAUAGAAUCGGAGAUCCUGGCUCGAUUCAGCAUUGAAGUCGCAUGGUAA